AUGCCCGAUUCCUCUGCCCAGGCGUCUACGAGUGCACCAAAAGAUGCACGACGUUCAUUCUCUCUUCCCGCCUGGUUGGAUCACUUCAAUGCACGCGACCUGAAGGUGUUAUUUCGCUGCUGGGCCGCCACAUGGGUGGCGUCCCUGCUGAUCUUUAUUGGACCUUCCCUGCACGCAAUCGGCAUCAGCGCGUAUUUCGCGGGAAUAACGCUGUACAUCGUGCCUCCAGGAACAAUUUUCUUCAUCUAUCUGCUUGCGUCGGUCUCACUGCUCUUUGGCAUGUGUCUUGCCUGGGGAUGGGGACUAAUCACCAUGAAGGCGGCGCUGGCAGCGCGACCGGCUUCCGAGACCCAGGCGCUUCUCCAAGCCUUGCGACAACAAGUCAUGACUGAGGCUCAACAGACGGGACAAUCUACAGCUUACCUGUCGAAAAAGCUAGUCUACGACGGCUUCAUGCUCGACGCUCGUGUCACGGUUGUGUACUACGUCAUGAUCUGUGUAUUCAUAUAUGCCUUGUCGCGACUGCGCGCCGCGAACCCCAAGUUCGCCCUGGCGCAGGUAUUUGGCGUUAUCGUCUCCGACCUCUUCCUCAUGUACGGCCCGAUUCUCACCUCAUUCAAUGGCUUGUUGGCAAGGGUACUCGUCCUGCCGGGCUCCAUUGGUAUCGGUCUAGGCGUGGCGUGCAACAUUAUAUUCUUCCCCCAGUCAGCCUCACACGCGGUGCUGGUUAAAAUGGAGACCCUUGUGCGCAUCGGACAGAAGUCGUUGCAGUGUACUCGUGCGCGCCUUUCCAGUGAGCCUGUUGAUCUGGCAGAUCUCGAGGGCACCAAGUCCAAAAUGAUUGCGUUGUUCAAGGCGAUGACGCCCAUGCUGGGCUUCCUUCCGCUCGACGUGUCCUGGGGCCGGUGGAGUCCCGACGAUGUCAAGAUGUUGCAUGAAUCCCUGCGACGGGCCAUGUUCACAAACGUGUCAUUGCUGGACUUUCACAUCGUUCAUAUGAGGACAUACCAAAAGCUGGAGAACCUAUCAUCGCUUGAGACAGAUUAUAGCAUCUCGACGGAGGAGAAACCCCCCGCAGGCCAGUCGCUGACGCUUGUUGCCGAGUGCAUCCACACCGUCAACUCGCGUUAUUGGUUUCGACGGGUUCCACAGAGCCAGAUCGACAAACUGGUUACUCGAGGACAGACACUACGCGAAACCCUCCGAACAGCACGGGGCAGAUUUAUGACGGAGACAACUGAGCGACUGCUCGAUAACCAUUCCGAUCUGUUUGACGAGGAAGGCACGUUGAAAUCCGCCGAAUCCGUAGGGCCAUAUGCCCUGCGUGGACUGAUGCUGGGUAUGGUAGUCGAGGAGCGCGUCCUUGGAGCAGCAGAGAGUUUGGAGAACCUCCUGGACCAUAUUGUUCGCCUUCUGCAGACUCGCACCAAAGUGCGCGUAUGCCCCGGUGGCAGGUUUAUCUGCCACCGAGGGGGAACCGAUCCAGACGUAAUUGAAAGCCAGAGCAAAGAGGCGUAUCGACGCCUGCGCAUCAGUCAGGGGUAUGGACGGCCAGUGCGACGAAACGCCCUGAGUCGCGGCAUUGUUGCUGUGUUUCGCUGGCUGACCAACCCAGGCGGGAUGUAUGCUCUGCGCAUGGUAAUCGUGACGAUUGCCACGGCCAUCCCGUCGGCUCUCCCGCACUCUGCUGGAUUCUACUAUCGCGAAAAGGGUAUCUGGCUCGCCAUCACGGCGCAGACCACCAUCCUCGUGUACAUGGCCGACUUUACCUUGUCUCUGAUCGGUCGAUGCAUUGGCACCGUGCUCGGCGGCGUCCUGGGUAUGGUGGCUUGGUAUAUCGGGUCCGGCCACGGGCCCGGCAAUGCAUACGGACUGGCUGCUAUCACGGCAGCGAUGACAGUCGUCUUGAUGUGGUGGCGUCUCUAUCUUCCGCCGGCAUUCAUGAUGGCGGCCAUUAUGAGCGGCGUCACAUUCAUGCUGGUCAUCGGAUUCAGCUAUGACGACACGCAUACACCGCAGUACGGACUCCCAGGGCACGGCUACACCGCGUUCUACAAGCGAUUGGUGACCGUUCUGCUGGGAUUUGUGGCGGCCUUCGUCGUGCAAAUCUUUCCCCGCCCUCCAUCUGCGACGCGACACACAUGCAAGACACUAUCGAACACAGUCAACACGCUAUCCGACCACUACGCGCUACUCCCUCUCACUGGGGCCGCACCGACGCCAACGGCAGCAGUCCUCUCGGGCAGUAUUAGAAUCCUGAAGCUAGAAAUGAGCAUCGGACCCUUUGAUUCGCAAACCGUCGACCAGACCCGCCGUCUUUGUCAGGAGAUGAACCAAGGACUGGGUCGACUACUUGAUUUAUCCAGCACCUUGCCGAUAGACUUCCAAACGCGGCUCGCGCGCAACGUGGGAAUUCUCGACCACCGUCGAAUCGGCGACAUCAUGGCCGUGCUUAGUGUCAUCGCACAGGCGUUGAGACUGGGGAAUCCGCUUCCAGAGAGACUGCCCACGCCGUUAGUCAAACGGUGUCAUGAGUCGUGGCAGGCGGGACAAAAUGAGCAGCGGUUGACAAUUGCAUUGGUACGAGAUGAGAAUUAUCGACGGUACUGCGUGGCUGUGAGCUCGUACUUGAAGUUUCUGGGGGCGAUUGAUGAUCUGGUGUUGGUUUUGAAGAGAGCGUUGGGUGAGUCUCAUAUUGUCGGACAGUGGGAUGAUGCCAGUGUUUGA